AACAUGUGAGGCCAGAUACAACAUUCUUGACAACAAGUUCCUGUUGGUAUUCAGAUUAUAUGAUCUAUGGUAGAUCAAAGCACAUUUAACAUGUAUACCAGCUGUUUCUAUUUUUUUCCAAAGUAAUAAUAGCAGUUUUUAACAGAAGUUCAACCUGUGGAAUUGCGAGGAUUAUCUAGCUUAUUAAUUAGGGCAUCUACAACUCAUCUAAUUUGUCUCUCUAUAAUAGUAUUUAUCAACUAAAAUACUAUACAUAGCAAUAUAGAUGUGUAUAUAUAAUCUAAACCACAAAAAAGAAGUAAACAUCAUCUGUAUCCUACAAAAAUAAAUAUGAAAAAUCUCUCAAUCUUUCUUUGUGUGGUUAGCUUCUGCAUGAUUAGCCAUGUAUACGGCAGCAUCAGGAUUUCAAACGAACUCAAAUUCAAGAAAAAACUCUCUGUAAGCUGUUACUCCAAGGACAACCGAAUGAAGACAGAGAUAAUAGAACCAGGAGCACGAUAUGAAAAAUACUUCAACACCAACAUUUUCGGGACAACGCGUUUCAUGUGUACGUUGAGACAAGGGCCUAACUAUAGGCACACUCAGAGCUUCACAGCAUUCAAACAGGUAAGUUCCAGGGAUAAUGGAGCCUUGUGGGAUUGGAGAGCCAGAGAAAAUGGUAUCUAUUUGAAAGUGUGGGCGGGCAAACAUGAACAAGGCGGGGCCUAUAUGCAUAAGGCGUUUGAUUGGAUUUACUAGUUAAGAGACAAGCUUAUACACAUAUUA